UAAAUGUCCCACAGCAUAAAUAAAUGUAAUAUCUUAAAAUAAUAUUCCACAACAGCCUGGGUUGCAUUUCGAGACCACAAGAUGUUGAGAUACCUAAGCUAUAAGACACCUUCCAUGGGACCUAGCUGCAUAUAGGGAGUAGAAGUAACCAAAGAGAGAGAUGUAUGAGAAAUUGCAGGGAUAGGGCUGUUUAAGCCCUUUAAAACUAAAGCCCCAUACAUCUGAGACAGAGAUACAGGAUUUGAUGUUUGUCCUGCUGUGUUUGUCUUGUUUUGGUCCAAUCUUCCCUCACUAUGUCUCCAUAAUGUUUCUCUGUUUCGGAAGGUGAGUGAUAGUCUGUGUCAUUGUAUGUUGGUUAUAUAUAACUCAUUUUCUGAUUUUACAAGAUGUCAUUGUCAAGAGAUUUUCUUGAGUGCCAGAAGAGAGUUUGCACAUUUGAAUAGUGUGAGGAUCACUGAAGUGGCUAAAUCUAUUUUCUUCAUGAUGACCAUGAGCCUAUAGUGACCAGGGUCAAAAUGUAGUUGAUUGAAUGAAAAACCUUCCAGAUAGACGAUGUAUUUGAACAUGUGUCUCUCCUUGGUGACUUUCUUUCAAUUGCUUGUGAAACCUUUAGUAAGAGGAGCCUUUCUGGAUGAAUUUGUCAUUGGGAGUGUGAUAUGAGUCUUUAUAGCCUCAACCCAUUUCCUGGUCUUUGUAUCUAUUGUGUUGUGGUUGAAACUAAUCAGCCAGCUUCCUUCUUGUGUUGUCAUACCUUCAACACCAUUAUAGACUCUAUCUCUAAAUCACAUAAUAUACAGUAGAAGCAAUUGCUAUUCAUUGCUAAGGCAGUUUGGUAGCCUGCUCUUUUAAUUUUUUUGUUCAUUUGUUUUUGAAGACAAGGUUUGUCUGUGUAGCACUGGCUGUCCUGAAAGGAGCUGUGUAUACCAUGUUGGUCCAAACUCAGAGAUCUCCCUGAUUCUGGCUCCCAAGUCCUGGGAUUAAGGGAGGACCAACAUUCCUAGCUUUUUUUGUUUUUAUAUUAUUGAGUGAUGAGCCUAGGGUGUAGGUUUUUGUACAUGUCAAGCAUAUGUUGUUUUACUGAGCUUCACCUAUAUCUUGAAUUUUAAAAUUUGGCAGAGGGUAUCAUUCUGCUUUUCUGGAUGGCAUGUGUUCAUGAUAUUAAUACUGUCUGAGACUUCUGAGUCAUUGGAUUUCAGGUGCAUGACCUUCUUCCUGCCUGUUGUUUUUGUUUUAAAUUUUAUAAAUGAAUAUGAGUGUUUUACCUGUAUGCAUGGAUAUGCACCAUGUGAGUACCUGAUUCUCACAGUAAUCAAAACAUGGUCUCAGAAACUCUGAAUUUGGAAUAAUGGAUAGUUGUAAUCCCUCGUAUAAGUACUGGCAAUUGAGCCCACCUAUAUGCAAGACCAGCAAGAGCUCUCUACUACUGUGCCAUCUCUUCUACCCUGUGUUGAUUAUUUAUGAUCAACAUUUACAUUGCUAAUGUUUUCAUCUGUCCAUUUGUAACUGUUUACACAUGCAGUGUCUUUUAGUAAAAUCUUAUUGAUGUUACAGUUUGAAUUGGGGCACUUCAAGUUUCUGGAAGAUGAAUGCAGAACUGGAAUGACUGCAUAACUCUUUGUAGGAACUUCAGUAAAAACUUCUGAGUUCUAUCUUUUUUGUUUUUUUGACUGAUUUUUUUUUCUUUUUGCAUGGGAGACAGGGUCUUAAUAUGUACUUCUGGCUUUCUUGGACCUGAUUGCAUUGACUAGGCUGGCAUUCAACUCUGAGGCAGAUAUACUUGCCUCUGCUUUCUGAGUGCUGGAGUUAAAGGUGUUAAGCCAAUACACCCAGCUUGUCUAUCUUUUUUUUUUUGUAGUUAGUAAUUGUUCAUAUAAUUUCUCUCAUGUGUACUCUGUACUGUUGACCUGUUUACUUAUCUCUCUAUAUUUGUUAAUAGGGAUUUCUCUUAUGAGGUGAUAUGUUAUUCAAAGGGUACAGAAAUGACAGAAGUUACUCUCCUAUACAAUUUCCUUCUAAAGUGACUUCGUGAUUGCAUUAUAAUAGCUAUGUCAUGGAAUUAGUGUGGGGGUGCACCAGAAUUACAUGAAUAUACUGUCAAAGAAGUAUACAUUUACAAUGUUGUCAGUAUCAUGCUUUCUUUUGUACAUAUGUAUGGGAUGUUUUAGAAUGCAGUGACCUAUGAUGAUGUGCAUGUUGACUUCACUUGGGAAGAGUGGAGUUUGCUGGAUCCUUCCCAGAAGAAUCUCUACAAAGAUGUGAUGUUGGAGACCUACAGGAACCUCACUAUUAUAGGAUACAGCUGGGAAGACCAUGAUACUGAAGAACAUUGUCAAAGUUCUGGAAGACAUGAAAGGCAUGAAAGAAGUCAAACUGGAGAGAAUCCUUCUGUAUAUACUCAGUGUGAUAAAUUCUUUGCAUAUGAUAGUCAUCUUCAAAGGCAUAAAAGAACACAUACCGGAGAGAAACCUUAUGAAUGUAAUCAGUGUGGCAAAACCUUUGUAUGUCUUAGAAAUCUUCGAAAGCAUAAAGGAACAGAGAGAAAAGAGAAGUCCUAUGAAUGUAAUCAGUGUGGUAAAGCCUUUGCUUAUCACAGUCAGCUUCAAAGGCAUAAAAGAACACAUACUGGAGAGAAACCCUAUGGAUGUAAUCUGUGUGAUAAAACCUUUGCACGUCACAGUGAUCUUCAAAUGCAUAAAACAAUACAUACUGGAGAGAAACCCUAUGAAUGCAAUCAAUGUGGUAAAGCUUUUGCACGUCGCAGUUAUCUUCAAACGCAUAAAAGAACACAUACUGGAGAGAAACCCUAUAAAUGUAAUCAAUGUGGUAAAGCCUUUGUAUUUGUAUGUCUUAGAAAUCUUCGAAAGCAUAAAGGAACAAACACCCGAGAGAAGUCCUAUUUAUGUAAUCAAUGUGGUAAAGCCUUUUCACAGCACAGACAUCUUCAAAUGCAUAAAAGCACACAUACUGGAAAGAACCCCUGUGAAUGUAAUCAAUGUGGUAAAGCCUUUGCUUAUCACUGUUAUCUUCAAAGGCAUAAAAGAACACAUACUGGAGAGAAACCCUAUGGAUGUAAUCUGUGUGUUAUCUUCAAAGGCAUAA